AUGCAUGUCCCGGAUGAAAAGCGCACGAAGCUCAAUGAUAAGAGUGCAAAGUAUUUAUUCAUCAGCUAUGAUACUUAUUCAAAAGGCUACAAGUUGUAUAAUCCAAACAACCAAAAGCUUUUGAUAAGCCGAGAUGUGGAGUUUGACGAAGAAGGCGUUUGGGACUGGAGUGGACAAGAUAAAAAUGAUCAAUAUGGUCCAUUAUUUGAUGAAGAUGAAGAAGGCACGGUGCAACCGACACCACCAUCAACAGCACCUCCACAAAACAUACAAGGUAAUGAGGCAAGCUCGAGUGGUCCACGAUGA